AUGUGCAGCGAUGCGUCGACCGAGUACACUGCGGCGCCAUUGGAGGACAAUCUGUUCGAGUGGCACUUUACGCUGAGGGGAGCGCAUGGCACAGAGUUCGAGCAGGGCAUCUAUCACGGACGAAUCAUUCUUCCGGUAGAGUAUCCAUUCAGACCUCCAAGCGUCAUUCUACUCACUCCCAAUGGUCGAUGGGAGACGGGCAAAAAGAUCUGCUUGACAUUUACAGGGUUCCACGAAGAGUGUUGGGCGCCUGCUUGGGGUAUCAGAACUGCCUUGUUGGGCGUGCAAGCAUUCAUGAAUGCAAAGAAGGAGGCGGCGGUGGGUGUGGGCGCGUUGGAUGUGGAUGGUCAAGAGAGGGAGAGACUGGCAAAGGCUUCGAGGGAUUGGACUUGUCACGUCUGCGCAAAGAAGAAUGCGGAGCUGCUGCCAGAGACGAGAGAGGAGGAUAGAAAGGUGGAAUGUCUGCCAGAAGGUUUGCACCUUCGAGAGGAAGCGCCGCCCCCGCCAAACCAACAGCAAGAGGAGGGCGAGGAGGAGGAGAAGCGUAGCGCGAAUGCUUCUACGCUGCAAGUGA